CGCCUGCACACUCACGCAGGGCAGAGCUCCGCCUGCUUUCAAUCAGUAACCUUUGGAAUUCAGAAAUACAAGUAGGUCCUCCAGUACCUAGCGCAAAGCAUUCUGUGUAUUGUGGGAGUUGUGAGUCUACGUGCAGGUGUGGAAAGAUGGCUGAGCCCAUGUCUCCAGACUACUUCAGCUGCCCUCUCUGCGUGGGCAUGCUGAGGGAUCCCGUGGCCAUACCCUGCGGCCACAGCUUCUGCAUGGACUGUAUCAGCAACUACUGGAAUGAGGCCGACUACACGGGAAUCUACAUCUGCCCUCAGUGCAGGAUCACUUUCACCCAGCGGCCCGUGCUGCGGCCAAACACAAUGCUGACCAAAGUGGCGGAGAAGAUGAAGAAGUCAGGCCUCAACCCGCCGGCCGGAGUUCCAAACAACAGCUACGCCGGCCCUGGGGACGUGCCUUGCGACUUCUGCACGGGCAAGAAGUUCAAGGCCGUCAAGUCGUGCCUGAACUGCCUGGCCUCGUACUGCGACAAGCAUCUGAAGCCCCACUAUGAGUCAGCCACCUUCAAGCGCCACAAGCUGGUGGACGAGCUGGGAAACUUGGACCGCAAGAUCUGUCCCCAGCACCAGAAGUCCCUGGAGCUCUUCUGUCGGACCGACCAGAUGUGCAUCUGCGCUCUCUGCACGGUCAGCGAGCACAGGGGCCACGACAUUGUCUCUGCCGAGGCUGAGAGGACUGAGAAGCAGAAACUACUGGGAGUUUCGCAGGUGGAAAUCCGUCAGAAAUGCCAGGAUAGGAUGAAGGAAUUGGAUGAGCUAAGAACAGCAGUGGAUUCUCUCAAAAGCUCAGCACAGCGGGCCAUGGCUGAGAGCGAGAAGCUCUUCAGCGAGAUGAUCCGCUCGAUCGAGAGGAUGCGCGCCGAGGUCAGCAAGCUCAUCGGCAUCAACGAGAAGGCAGCCUUCAACCAGGCAGAGGGGUUGGUGGAGAGGCUGGAGCAGGAAAUUGAAGAGUUAAAGAAGAAAGAGUCAGGACUGAAACAGCUGCACAGCACAGAGGACCAUAUACAUUUCUUACAGAACUUCAAUUAUCUCUGCACCCCUACUGAUGAUGGAGUAAUACCCAGGGUGUCACUCAACCCAGACUUCUCAUUUGGAGCUGCCAGGAAAGCUGUGGCUGAAAUUAAGGAGCGUCUGGAAGAACUGAGCAGGGAGGAAUUAAUGAAGAUCUCCAAAUCAGUGAAUGAAACUCCAGUGUACACAAUGGAGAACCGGACAAGGGAGAGAACCAUUAGAGCUAAAGAGACGACCAUGGUGGAUAGUGCUCAACCUCCUGAGCCCAGGAACAGAUCUGACUUUUUGAAAUACUUCUGCCAGCUCCGAUUGGAUCCCAGCACUGCAUACAAAGAGCUGCACCUGUCUGACGGCAACAGAAAGGUGAUCCGGACCAGGGACCUGCAACCAUACUCAGAGAACUCCGAGAGGUUCGACAGCUUCGCCCAGGUGCUCUGCCGGGAGGCCCUGUCAGGGGGGCGCUUCUACUGGGAGAUCGAGUGGAGCGGGGAGUUCUCCAUCGGGGUGGCCUACAAAGGGAUCAGCCGGAAAGGCAAGGGGUCCCUCUGCCUCCUGGGGUACAACGAAAAGUCCUGGAGCCUGCUGUGCUCUGACUCGGGCUACUCGGCCUGGCACAACAGGGUGGACAAGGCCAUAAACGCUGCUCACUCCCCCAGGAUAGGAGUCUAUUUGGACCACAUCGCUGGGAUCCUGUCCUUCUACAGCAUAGGGGAGACUAUGACCCUCCUGCAUAAGUUUGAGACAACGUUUAAGGAGCCACUGUAUCCCGGCUUUGGAGUGGGCACUUCUGUUAAGAUCUGUCAGCUGAAAUGAUCAAGGUGCUCAUUGUAUGAAAAACCAAAAAAACAUUUACAAUGUACCAUACGGCAUUAACUUUUUUUUGAUUGUAUUAGUUUUAUAUCUGUUUUUAUUGUGAAUUUAUGUACCCAUAUUCUCUGUUAAGGAGGGUUUGUUUCAGUAUUUUCCUUCAAGAACUGUCACUUACUGAUAUUAAUAUUGAUCUUAAUAUUCAUCCCUGAAUAUGAAAAUAUAUUUAGGAAUUUUUUGUUGACAUGCAUGCUAAAAAGAAUACAUUCCUUUAAUAUAUUCAUGAUCCAGCACAGUUAUUUUUUACACUUGAGUACUAAUCUUUUUAUGUUCAUUCAUAUCAUUAAAAUAAAUGUAAUACCAGCACAACAGUAACACAAUGAUUACUGCUUUUCUUUGUUGAAACACAGCAAUAAAUAUUUUCAAUAAACUUUUCAACAUAUAAAA